CUCAGCUCCUUCUCCUCCCCCUCCCUGCUUCCCUCCACACCCACUCCCCACCUCACAAUGCCUGCACCUCUCCCCACAGGUGGCUGCUCUCCUGCUUCUUCACAUCCACCCACUUUGUGCCUUUGCAGCUACGACUGCAGCCUCAGCCAACGCAACCUGCAGAGUGAAAGGUGAAGCCUCCUCCCUGGAGAUCAACAGGCGCGGGGAUGCUGACAUGUGUCCUUCCAGCCCCACACGCGCAGGUGCGAGACAGGAGCACACGUGGGCACAGGUGGGCUGAUCUUCUGGAAAUAUGUCCUGCUUUCGCGUGUCCACUGCUGCACUUAUGUUUUGGGCUGUGUUUCAGGAUCUUCCCGUGCACACAAAGACGUGCCCUUUGCACGGAUGACUGCAUGGGAUCUGCAGGGCGGGCACACCACCGGUGAGGGGCAGGUUCCCGGCCAGCGGCCACCGAGGUGCUUCCCGCGGGUUUCCCAGCAAACAUGCUGUUUUAGCAACAUUUUUGCCCCAGGAUAUCCUAGCAGCAGCCGAUGACAGAACAGAACUGCGCCUGGAAAUACCAGCCUGAAGAACACAGGUGUGGGGAGAAGAGCUGCCUGUGUCCCUACUGGAGCGGUUUCAGCAAAUCAGAUCCCUGUUUCCACCCUAGAAACCACAGGCUCACCCUAAUUCAGGAUGACCUCACUUUGAGGCCCUUCGCUGGGCUACGUCUGCACAGACCCUUCUUCCAACGAGGCCACCCUCACAGGCUGCCGGGGACACACCUUCUGGGGCCUCUGUCCACCCCCGCACUGGAUGUGAGCCGUGUGGCUCUGCUCCUUGGCUUCCUCCUCUGGAAACAGCGGGUUGUGCAUGGUCCCAGCCCAGCUUUCAGGGAGGAAAGCCACCAGCAAGGGACUGGGAAUUAUGUCAAGAGAGUCUCCGAUUUACCGUCUGGGAGCUUCCCAAGUGCCUGCCCCGAGGCCCUGGCAGCCGAGCGUUUUUAUUGCUUCUUAUUCUCCCUGCUGUCCUGGGAUUCCUGCAAUUGCAUUAUGCACCCGAAUGCCGUUUCUGUGCUGGCAAACUCCUUGUUCCUCCUGACCGGCGGGCUCUGCAGGUACCGCCGCAGGGGGACGCCGAGCUGCUCACGUGUGGGAGGCAGCCCUGUGCGGUUGACAACUGUCGGCUCGGGGCGAAGUGCUCCCAGCCACCAGACCUGCUACUGGCAGAAGCAGGUGCACCAUGGGUACAAAGUGUGUCUGCGCAAAGAGGAAGGUACAAUUGAACAGUUUCAUCUCCACCGGGGGCCCCAAGCUGUGGCCCAGAGGCCACAUCCUGCUGAGCACCUGUUGUUGUAA